UAAGUCACAGGCUGGCUAUAGUGGAGAUGCAGUCCAUAACCAUGUGAAGACGCAGUUUCAUGGUUGUUUGUUAAAACUUCUUGUUACAGUCACCUUAUUCAAACCCAAAUUGCUAUUUUUCAUGCUUUAUGGUACUGAACCACAUCCCAAUUUCGACAGUAGUUUUCAGGAAAUAUUCAAAUCCAGACUUACUGAUGUUGGAUAA